AUGGGUGAUAGCGCAGACAUGAAGUCAACCUCUUCAUGCAUGACUUCGCAUCCAAAGUGGGAGAGUCCUAAUCAUCCACUUUAUCUCCACCAUUUGGACCAACCUGGUGCAGUCCUUGUGCCGGAGCCAUUGGUGGAAGACAAUUAUAGUACAUGGGUUCAAUCCAUGACCAUGGCCUUAACGGUCAAGAACAUAUUAGGGCUUGUUGAUGGGACAAUCAAGAAGUCAAGUGAAGAUGAACAUGAAGAAUUGCAGCAAUGGAAUCGAUGCAAUAAUAUGGUUAAGACAUGGCUCUUAGGAUCCAUGUCAAAAGAAAUCUCAAGUAGCGUCAUCAAUUGCAAGGAUGCAAGGCAGAUGUGGCUUGAUUUGCAAGAAAGGUUUUCUCAUGUGAAUAUUGUUCAAUUGUUUCACAUAGAAAACGAGAUUCAUGACUAUGUGCAAGGCAACAUGACAGUGAGUACAUAUUUCACCAAAUUAAAAAACUUGUGGGACGAACGUGACGUGUUAUGUUCUAUUCCUGCAUGUAGUUGUGAUACGAAGAAGGAAAUCAUCUCUUAUGUUGAAACCCAGAAAACAAUGAAAUUUCUCAUGGGUUUAAAUGAUUCUUAUUCCAUUGUUCGUAGUAAUACCCUUCUUCUUGAGCCUUUACCUACAGUGAACAAGGCCUACUUUCUUGUUCUUCGCCAUGAGAGACAGGCAGAAGUCUCAAGUGGAAAGCAUACUUUCCAACCUGAAGCGGCAGUUUUUGCUGUGAAGAAUGGUGGCGGAGAAACUGAACCAGAAGAUGGUGGUCUUCGCUGUGGAAAAUGUAACAAGAUAAAUCAUAGCACCAAAAACUGCUGUGCUCAUCUCAAGUGCACUUUUUAUGGGUGGAAAGGUCAUUCCUUCGAAUAUUGCCACAAAAGCAAAACGGCUGCUGAAACUGAACAAAGCCACUCAUCCACUUCCAAGGGCAACCAAGUUGCCAUGCACGACAAAAAGGACGGGAUGCCAAACUUUCCUUUUUCCAGGAAGAUUGCAAGCAGAUACUCGCAAUGUUGA